UAAUAAUAUAAAAUGUCAAAUCCCCAAGUUAUUUUGCACUGGUAUCCUAGUUCUCCUUUCUGUCAGAAAGUUAUAUGGGCACUUCAAUAUAAAAAAGUUGAUUUUAAAUUAGUUCUUAUUUCACCUAUUGAGCCUCGUCCUCUUCGUCGUCCCCUUGAUGGUGGAUAUCGUAGAACUCCAGUUCUUCAAAUUGGUAACCAUACAUACUGCGAUACAAAAUUGAUAUUUGAUGAAUUAGAAGCAAGAUUCCCUGAACCCAGCUUUUAUCCAGUGGGUCCUGAUGGUAAAACUACCAAAGCCCAAAUUAAAGGUCUUGCUCGUUGGACAGAUGGCCCGCUUUUCAUGUCAAUCGUCUCACAAAUCCCUUGGGAAGUCGUGGGAGAAGUAUUUGUUCAAGAUCGUUCAAAAUUUAUUGGAAACUCAAUCAAUAUUGAACAAGCUAAAUUGGCUAGACCUUAUAUGGUUCAAGCUGUUCAAUCUGAAAUCAAGUUAAUAGAUGCAUUUAUAUGUGAACAUCAUGAAGAUGGUAAGCUUUGGGCUUUAGGAACUCAGACUCUAUCUUUACUUGAUCUUCAUUUUGCUAUGGCUACAUGGUUUUCCAAGAAUUUUGUAGGGGAUGCUUGGUUUAACUCUACUGUCCCUACCUUGACUGCUCAUCUAGAUAAAGUCUUGGCUACUGUUCAUUAUGCUGAUCUUGAUAAAAUAAAAACGAUAGAACCUAAAGAAGCACUCAAAAUAGCUAAAGAAGAAUCAUGGACCUUGACGAAUUCUAUUCAUGAUGGUUCGUUAAAUAUUGAAUUAGGCCAACUGGUUCAUGUAUCACCUACAGACUCGGGUUUAAUGCCUGCUAAAGGUGCCUUGGUUCAUAGCACCGAGUGUGAAACAGUCAUUGAACAUCAGGAGGAAGAAUACAACUUUACCUCCUACACACAUUUUCCUGUUAUUGGUUUUGUUGUCCUUCCUCAAACUUCCAAACUUUAGUUGUUUAAAUAAAAUGUCGUAAUUUUUAUUAUUAUUAAUGCAU